AUGAGAAUACUACUGAUUACUUUGUUAUUCAUAUUAGGUGUCUCAGUAUGUAGAGCUCAAUACCCAUACCAGGGUAUAUAUGAUAUUACUCGUGAUUUCCAGGGUAUUGAUGCAAAUAAUAACUAUUCAAAAUAUUUAGAUCAAUAUCGUAUUCAAGUGCUUUUAGCAGUUUUUAAUAGAUGGAUGGAGAUCCAAGCAGAAAUUCAAAGUAUAGAGUUUGAAAAGAGAAAAUAUCAGCAAUAUCUUAUUAUGACAUUAAUCCAGAAUGGUGGCCUUUCUUUACGCGCUCCAACCUAUCCUCCUUAUCCAUCUGACCCAUAUAAAUAUUGGGGUACACAUAUUUUUGUUUAUAAACAACUUUUGCCUUUCCUAUCAAAGAUUCAAUCGCAAGCCCCAAAUUUCCAAACUUCACCAGCAUUUUUGGAGAAUGGACUUUCAAACUUAUUAAAUCAAUGGAACCCAGAUAGACAAUAA